UAAACCACCAUAAUGCCAACAAUUAAUGCAACAAGAUAUACAAAUUAUAAAAAGAAAUUUAAUCGUGAAAUACAAAAACAAAAUGGAAGUAUGUCAUCAGACAUGUCUAGUGAGCCUUCUAAGGGACUACUGGCAUUUUCUAAGAAUGAGAGUUUGGAUAAUUUUAAGUUACCGUAUCUAAAACCCCCUAGCAUUCUUCCAGUGAGACCUAGACGUCAGAUUUCCGAGCGGAGGGAAUAUAACGUCAAUCCCUUCCCAAAACGAACCUCAGGUCAUGGUAUAUACCAGUAUGAAAAUAAAUAUUUCCGAUAUGAAGGCCAAUGGAGGGGUGGAAUUAAACAUGGUCAGGGAAAACUUCAGAUGGCUGAUGGUAGCUAUUAUGAGGGGACCUUUACAAAUGGUGAAAUAGAUGGUAAAGGAACACGAUUCUUCUCACAGACCGGUAAUAAAUACACAGGCCAGUUCAGUAAGGGGGAGCUGCAUGGUCGGGGGACGAUGGUGUACGCGGAUGGCUCAGUGUACGACGGAGAGUGGUAUAAAAACAGGAAACAUGGUUAUGGAGUAAUGAAGACAUUAGGGAUGGAGUCUGACGAAGUUUACGAGGGGGGAUACGAGGGUAACAUGAAGCACGGCGUGGGCGUCAUGAUGUAUGCAAAGAAGAUCCGCUCUGAUGGGUGCAGAAAUGGUGACCGUUAUGAAGGUCUGUGGGUCAAUGAUAUACGUGAGGGUCGAGGGAUUCUCUAUACCAUUGAUGGGUCAGUUUAUGAGGGAGAUUUUAAGUCAGAUGCUUUUAAUGGACGAGGCAAAAUGCAUCACAGUUCUGGCCUUAUUUAUGAUGGUCAGUGGAUCAAUGGAUUCCCAGAGAUAAUGGCCACCAAACUGAAAGUAACACUAAACAAUAACUCAGAAAUAGACCAGAAGAAGAAACAACCAAAAGACAAGUCCAAGGUGUCAAUAUUCCAGGGUAUAGGAUUUACUGUGAAGAUUGAAUGUCUUAAUGAAAGUGAUAGACUUAUACCUGAUCAAGGUCGAGAAGUUCAACUGCUGGCAGGAUUUAAAUAUUAUCCCCCUGUAUCAAACGGUGAAAAGGAAGAUGCCUUAUUUGAUAUGAUUGAAGAUGAUGCAGAGGAAAAGCCCAUAGAAACCCCAUUUGGUUAUUCUGUAGUCCCAUACCCCAUCACCGACCAGAUUGACUUCAGUAUAGAAGACCUCCCAGACGAUGAUGACCAAGAUGACCCGUCCAAAUCCAAUGAUCAGAGUCAAGGUCCCACAGCAGAAUCAGAUGAUGAGGAGGUUUCAGAAGAAAAGCAGGAGAAUGAAAACAAAGAAAACGAGAAAGAGGAAAACACAGAGGACAAUCCUGAUGAGAAAAAUGACGAGGAAAGGGGCGAUGAAAGUGGAAAUGAGGAAACGCCCGACGUAGAAAGAGAAAACACGGUUCCUCAGUUCCCUCCCCUGACGACAGUCAGAACAAAAGAUGGUGUAUAUACAUUUGAUGAACUUCACUUAACCCCAGCACCUCCAAAAUACAGACCUUUUGAACGCAUGGAAGAGGCAGAGAGACUCAAAACACAAUCUAAGAGUAGAUCAAGGUCAAAAGAGCUUUUCACACCAUCAAUUUCUAGGCAGCCCAGUGUCUCUGAAAUCCGAGAUCAACCCAGCAGGAGACGAUCAAUCCGGGAAACUCCCACUCACACCUCUAUAUUUGAUAAAUUUAGAAUGAAGAAACAAAAAGCUAUGGAGGAGAAAUUUGCCAAACUUGGUGAAUAUGUUCUAAUAGUCCAGGAUGUCACCGAGCCACCCUUUAUGAACCGACGAUUAGAGCCGGACUUUCUUCUAAUGAAGCUGAAACAGCCUCCGAAAGAAUUCAAACGAGAAACUAAAAAGUGGGAUACUUCAUCACAUAUCAAGGCUUCGUCUCGUGUAAAGGAGGACGAGUUACUGGCCAAGAAACACCUCAAGGUUUAACGACACCUCCCUAGUAGACAUUAACUGCCUUAACAACGCCUCCCCUGAAGACUGUGAUCAACCGCCGUGCCACCCACAGCAUUGUCUCGUCAAGAAAUCUGUAUUUUUAUAGGCUUUUUAUUUAUCUACAUGUGACAUUUAUUGAUAAUAUUUAAUUAGUCACUGAUGAUGUUUACUUUCUGUUGCUGAUAAUUUUUAUAUUCUGCCACUGAGAAUGUUUAAAUUUGGUUGCCAAUAAUGUUUAUAUUCAGUGACGUUUAAUA